UUCAAAACAAUUUAUUUGAAAAAAUAUAAACAAAUCUUUGUAGCAAUAAAUAAAAUAUAAUUACUUUAGUAUUUAAAUAAUAAUAACUAAAGCUUAUUAGCAAUCUAGCUCGAUUCAUUCUCAAAAGCAAUAUACAACUUUAAAACUAAAUUUAACACUUUAAAAGUAAUGUCAACCUAUAAAAGUUAGGGAUUUGGUUAACAACCAUUUAUAAUUUAAUAGACCGAAUUAUAAAAAAAAGGGAAUUAAAUUAUAGACUAGCGCGAGUAUAAUUACAAUGGUUUCAUAUAAACAAGCGAGGGAUAAGAAAAUAAUCAAAUUAAAAGGAGUGCUCCUCCAUAGUCAUUUGCCAAGUAAGAUACAUUUUAGCCUUCCAGCUCAGCUUAUUAACCAGGAGUCGCUAAUAUUAGUUAAUCCUAAACUCCUUUUUAAGUUCAAUCUUAAUUCUAGAGUGCCGUAUUGAAUAAAACUACAGCGUAAAAUUAGUUAGCAUAAAACAAUCCUGCUCCUUUGGCCAAUUAAAUGAUAAAUCAGUCUUAGUAAGUAGGAUAUAAACCUUCAAACAUGAGUUAAUACUAGAAUUAAGCUUAUUAAGAUAAUUAAAUAGGAAAUAGCUAAUACAGAGUUAUUUAAUAGAGAGAUCUUAAUUCAUAAUAUAGACCUUAAUCAGCUAGUAAUUAAGGUAUAGGCUAACAAGCUCGUUUAGAUAGUAACAUUCCCUACGAGAGAUAAUCUAAUCAAUAUGGUUAAAAUCCUGUCAUUGCAAACCAAAGCAUAGUUCAAACUGCUAAUGAAGGUAUAUAUUCUCAAAGAAAUAAUAAUGUAUAGUUUAGCAGUAAUAACUUGUAAAUAGAAAAUUUAACUGCUAGAGUACCAGCUGCCCCUUCAGAAAUAAAAAAGAAUUAAAUUAUAAACCAAUAAGAAUAUAUAGAAAAUAAUAACCCAAAAAGUAAUGAUUAUCACAAGCAAGGAAGUAAAUUUCCUCCUUCAUAAUCUUAUUAUAAUUCUGCGUUACUUCAAGAAAUUAAACCUGCUGAUUUCAAUGAAUUUAAUGUUGAAGAGUAAUAGAGUCUUUUUCAUUAAUAUGCAUAAUUCUUUUUUGCUUGCGGAUACCAGCUCGAUUCGUAGAUUGGAGAUGAGCAAACUUUAUAAAUUUUGAAUAUGCCUUCAAACUAAUUUGACUUAGAAGUACUACAACAAAUUAAAGAUGAAGCUAAUGUAUAGGAUAAUUACACUGUCAGAUAGUUCUUAGACGUUUAUAUUAAAGCAAUCAGUGUUUUAGAAAAUAGAAUGGAUCAAUAAGAAAAAAUGAUUUAAUUAGCAAAGGAUAAAUUAAAUGAACUCAUAUAACUUUAGGAAUAAGCUAGAAUAAAUGAGUAAACUAACCAUAAUCAAUAAUCAACUCUUUACAUAGAAAUACAAAAAGCAAAAGGGCUUGAUAGGUAAUCUUAGUACAUUACCCGUAUUUAAUUCGACAUAAACCAAUACACAGAAACUAGAAGAAGCAACUUUUCAUCUGACCCUGUGUUUGAUGAGGAAUUCAAAUUAAAAAUUAACAACCCUAACUCUAUCUUGACUUUCUCACUUGUUGAUGCAGCCACAGGAAAAGUAGUUGGAUAUGUUACUUAAAAAUUGAAAUAAUUCUUCCACCAAAAGAAGAUUGAUGAAUGGUAUAUUUUAGAAGACUAAGGAGGUGCAUUAGGUGAUAUCACCAAACAAAUUAGUAUAGCUAUUUAAUGGGUUCACUCAGAGAGAUUAUAUUAUGAAAAUAUUUUAAGAGAAAACGAUUAUUUCGAACCAAUUAUCAAAGAUCAAGAGGAAAAGCUUAAUGAUACUAUUGAGUUAUUAAAAAUAUUAAGGUAGCCCUUCGAAAGAGAUAUUGAAGCAUUUAGGUUAGAAUAAGAAGAUCUCUAGUAAGAGAAGAAAAAGAAAUCAAAAAAAAGAUCUAAACCAGAAGUGCCUGGAGAGUAACAUGUUGAGGAAGAAGGCAACUGUUGGACAAGCUGUAUGGCAAUAUUUGAAUCAGAUGAAGAACCUAAAAAGGCAUCCCUUAAAGAAAUAAAAACCUAAGAUCAUGGAUUAGUGGCAUUUGAAAAUUAAUAAUAGGAUUUAAAUGUUAAAUAAAAAGAGUAAUAAUCAGAUUUAGAUGAGGCUAUAGAUUUUAAAAACAAGCUUGUAUAUAUUUAUAUCAUUUUAUCUGCCGCAGUCUGCUUCUUCAAACCCAAUUUUAUUGAUGUUUGUAUUUCUUUAAUACUUCAAUCAGAUAUCUUCAAGUUAAAUCCCCAAAAUUGCAAUAGAUUAUCCAUAGUAUUACUUUUAUCUCUAUUUUUCGAUAUCCUAUGGAUGGCUUUAUUUACUUCUAGUUGGUUUAAUUAUAUGCCAUCUAGUGGUUUUAACAUGAUUUUAUUCUUAAUUCUGGAGAUAACUAUGGCAAUAGUAAAAGUAAUUAUUACUUUAGUAUUAUAGAAAAUUAAAUUGGAAUAGACUUAGAAUUAGUUAAAUUUAUAACAACCUAACCCAUAUCCUAUGAAUAAUAAUAAUAAUUAUAAUAAUAAUAACCAUUAAAAUUAUAAUUAUGCAGCAGCUCUUUGA